UCAACUCACUUGUGUCUUGUGCUAUCAGUCGGGUUGGUUCGCCUAGUUUAUCGUUAAUUAUUAUGUGUGGUUUGUUAUAGAAAAAUUUAUUAGAGUGGUUUUAUGUGUGUUUGUGAAAAAUUUAAGUGAUUUUAUUUGCUAAAAUGAAUAUCUUUUGGGAUUCCAAUACCAGCAAAGAUGCUUGUGAAGUUUGUCAGUGUUCUAGGCUAAUAAAUAAUAGUUUCACACUCUCUUCUGGUGGUCGUAGUGAAACGCGGUUGUCUGAGAGCAGGAAUCACUCAUCACAAAGACGUUAUAAUAGCAAUCCAAUGGUUAUUGAUUAUGAUGGAUCCGGUUGCCUUUCUUCUGAUGACAAGGAAAAUUAUAUCGAAUCGGUUAAUGAUCUUUCCCUUUAUAGUGGUGGUAGUCCACAAAGCAGUCCUCUUCGACCUUGCCAGCUUAGUCCAUGUGUCCAAAAGCGUAGGGGAGAUUUGUCUAAUGCAAGGAAACGAAUUUUGCACAAGCCUUUGCGUCAGCCUUUUGAAGACCAUGAUCCAAAUUCAGCUGAUUCUGAUGCAGGAUACGGUGCUAGUUUCAGUGAACAAACGCACAAGAGUUUUCAAUUUGCUGCGCCUAGUACUGUUGUCCCAAGAAGACUCAUUGAACCGAGUCCUAAUAAAACACAGUCACCCACAUCAAAAUCUUCUUGUAGCCUGAAAAUUUUUCAUAGUUUGAGCUCAGGAAGUAUGGAAUCAAUGGAUGAUGGAUUCAUAGAGUUAUUUGACAUGGACAGUAUGGAUGAAAAUGCACAGUUACCAUGUGACUUAAACUUAUUGAUAUCUGGUGAUAUUAAAGCUGUCAAAACACCAGACAGAACAUUGAAACCUUCAUUUUGUCGUUCACUAAGCCUCAACACUGAAGUUUCAACACCAGAAUUAUUUUCUUCUAUGAAAUUGAGAUCUCCGAAUCCGACAACACCAACAUCCGAUGCUUCACGUUGUUUUAAAAGACCAGAACCUCCUUGUGACUUAUCAAGUCCCACCAUGUCCAAGAGAAGGAAAUCAACCAGCUUAGGAAAUAUAGAGGAAAGUCCAGAACCGCAAAAUAAGCAGAGAUUUUUACAAAGAUCUUUGUCAGAUCAUGAACAUAUCAUCAAACAAGCGCUAGCACGAUCAUCUGUGGAACCAGAUUUAAUUGGGGACUUUAGCAAACCAUUCUGUUUACCACUGAUGGAAGGGCGGCAUCAAGAUUUGAAAUCUAUUUCAACAGAUACUCUUGCUGCUCUGAUUCGUGGAGAAUUUAAGGAUACAGUGGCUUCAUAUAAAGUUAUUGACUGCCGUUAUCCUUAUGAAUUUGAUGGAGGCCAUAUUGCAGGAGCUAAAAAUCUAUAUACCAAAGAUCAAAUAGUUAAGGAGCUAGUAGAGACAAAAUCCGGUGCACCGAAAGUACAAUAUGAUGGGCCUAGCAGACAUAUUCUAGUGUUCCACUGUGAAUUCUCUUCUGAAAGAGGACCUAAAUUAUCACGAUUUUUAAGAAAUUUUGACCGUGAUAGCAAUCGUGAAGUUUACCCAGCUCUCCAUUAUCCAGAAAUCUAUCUUCUUCAUGGGGGGUAUAAAGAAUUUUUUGCAUCUUAUUCUGAUUUAUGUGAACCAAUAGCUUAUCGACCUAUGCUGGAUCCAGAAUUUGAUGCAGAUUUAAAAUUGUUCAGAGCUAAAUCUAAAAGUUGGAAUGGAGAUUCAAAGAAUCGGUUUACUAGAUCGAGAUCUCGUUUGAAUUUAUAGUAUUUAUGAAUUGUGAUUAUUACGACAGCAUAAUACUUAUAGGCCCAAGUACAAAAUCUUACGAUAUACAAUAACUUUUUAAUUUGUUAUAAGUAUUCAUGCUGCUGUAAAGGGACACAUGUCAAUAGAAUACCAGUGAUCCGAUCAAGUAAUUUGAUCUAUCAUUUUAUUGUGUGAUAUAUUUUUGUAUAAAGUAGUUUUUAAAGUUGACCAUGUCAAGUGCCAGUAUAGUGUUAUGAACAAUGUACCUGUUAGUUGUAAUGUCUAUCAUUCAUACAAAUCAUAAACAAACAUUUU